AUGGCGGCCAAUUACUGGGCAUCGACGCAGAGACGGCAUUGGCUGUUUACUAGGGAGAGGCUCACUGAAGUCCGUGAAGGUUUCAAGGAGAGAGACAGGGCUGCACAUUCACAAUUUCCUUUGCCAGACCAAAGGUUGCUGAAUAUCUACUUCAGCCAACAACUCAUUAAACUCGGGAAGAGAAUGUCCACUAGGCAGCAAGCACUUGCAACAGCUCAAGUCUACAUCAAGAGAUUCUACACCAAGAACGAGAUAAGGCACACCAAUCCUUACCUCGUCGUGACCACGGCAUUUUAUCUCGCGUGUAAAAUGGAGGAAUGUCCUCAACAUAUCCGAUUUGUUGUGGCGGAGGCUCGAAAUUUCUGGCCAGAAUUCAUUGCUCCGGAUGUAUCCAAACUCGGGGAAUGUGAAUUCACUCUAAUUUCAGAGAUGAAUUCGCAGCUCAUUGUUCAUCAUCCGUACCGAAUAUUAUCAGAAUUGCAACCUGAGUUGUCACUUACUUCGGACGAGGUUGCCCUUGCAUGGUCGGUAAUCAACGACCAUUACUUAACAGACUUGCCACUACUUUAUCCGCCCCACGUUAUUGCAGUCAUGGCCAUUAUCGUCGCCGUUGUAUUCAAGCCGAGCCAAACAAGCUUCCAUGGAUCUGCAGCUCCUAUAGCUUCGGCAAUGCGAGAUGGGGGUAUGAAUAUUCUUGCCGCAUUAGGGGAUAAAAACGGCAAUGGCCCACCUCCUCGAAUUCAGAAACUUAUUUCCUGGCUGGCUGAGAGCGAAGUUGAUAUCCGGGCCGUCGUCGAAUGUACCCAGGAGCUAGUGUCAUUAUACGAGGUUUGGGAGCAAUACAGCGAAAAGCAUUGUAAAGAACUCCUGGGGCGGAUGAUCAAAAGCAGGAACUUGGAUAAAUAG